AGCCAUGCAUAACAAAAAGCAUCAGCGGCGCUAUUAUUAUCAACCCAAACACGUGACUCGGCGGAAAGUGACCUCCGGAGAGUCGGAUCUUCAAAGACGGUCCCCUGUCCGAAUUCCUUCCUGCAGCUGCAGCUUGGUGAUCUUGUUUCUGCAAAGACCAAUCGUGGUUUUUAAAGAUGCAUCGGCUUGUUGUACCAAAAUUAUCUAGCGUUCAUCGGUUUGCCUGCCUGGCACUCUAUCGAGCUCUGUUACGACAAGCCGGAAAAGUGAAUCAGGGUGCUCCAGCCCUUCAAGCUAUCAAGCCAACCAUACAACAGAACUUCAAGAGGUAUAAAAAGUUGCAGAGUCCAACCCAGACCGCGAAUGCCUUAAGGGCUGGGUAUGAGGCCCUCGAUAUGUUACACGCUGCUUCACAAGGACAUGAAAGAAGUAUCAACACCGUUUCACAGCUUAUUGCGGAAAGCCAAGAUAUUAAAGAAAGAAACCGCCAGAGGCAGCGACAGCUCUCGAAAUUUUCACGGCCAAAACCUCUCUCUCGCAUAGAAUUGAAGAGGAUGGAAUCUCGUCGGUUUCAACAAAAAACAGCCGCGCGCCAUCCAGAUGCGACGCCUAUCCUGUCCAGACCCCGACCCGUCGUGACCGGAAAGCGCCGAAUCCCCGUACUUGUUACCGCCCGAGGAGUCCCUUUUCUACGCAUCAAGAAGCCUCAGCCCAGGUUCCUCAGCGAAAUAAUCAAAGCGAAACUAAAGAAACGUUGGGGGUUGAUCGAGCGCCGCGACAGAUUACAGAAUGAGUUGCUGUUUGCCCAAGAGGAAGAUGAAUGGGAUCAAUUGACGAACCAGAGCGAUGAUUCGGUCACAUGGGAUCUGGCGCUCACGACUUGCAUACAAGAGACGGACGAUAGUUUGACGUCCCUUGAUGAGAAAAAUCUCCAGCUAGCAGAGGAAAUGUGGAAGGUCGUUCUGGCAGAACGAGAGCUUGCUGCUAUGGGUGAAUCAUCUACUCAUUCCCCUGGCUUCCAUAUUCUGCCAGAUGUUUUUUUGGAUGUCCCUGCUUCCAAGUAUAUUUGGACCGCUCCGCCUUUCUCCGGGAUAUCUAAUGAUCUUCGAGAAACCGAAUCCGGCUAGCAAUUCGGGCAGCAUGCGUUACAACACUCCGGGGACAAAACUGAGAUAUACGGUUUCAGAAGAUUUUGGUCCUCGAAGGGACAAUGGAUCAAA